GGAGUACAUGAAUGCGUCAUAACACCGACGGACGUGAGCAGCAGCUUCUUCCGGGUUAGUUGCUAACGGCGUUGAAGAUGGCAGCAGCUAUGGACGUAGAUACGCCAAGCGGCACAAACAGCGGAGCAAGCAAGAAACGAUUUGAAGUAAAGAAGGUAAGGCUGUCGUAAUAACUCAUUUACGAGACGUUGAAUUGAUGUAGAACCGGCCAGCAGGUCUGAAUAACUUUGGAAUUAGCUCUCUAGCCACCUGCUUGUAGCGAUCGAAGGCUAACCUGCUUUGAAUUAGCUGUUAGCAUGCUUCAGACAGGGCAUGAAUCUGCACUUCUCAUGUUUUGAAACUCGCACUCACUAAAAUGAACGGUCAAGAACCUGCGCUGUUGUUAUGUAACGUAUUAGCUACUAUGAUAGUGACUAAUUAUCACCUAAACAUAAAUCUUGAUUUAAACCUCAAUUCAAGUGUCAUAACUGGAGCUAAUGUAGCAUAGCUGCUCCGUUACAACCGGGGCUUCAAACUACCUCAACAACAGGAUGUUUUAAAGAUGUUUUGCUGAGGACCAUGAAGUGAUUUAACAUUUAUUACAAAGUCCAAAUACAGUCAUCCGCCUUAACUUUAUGAAGACCUGGACAAACUAAUGCAUUUUUCGUUUGUUAAUAAAAUGGACAAAAUAUUACGACCCCCCUUCUGUGUUACUAACUUCAGGACGAGCACUACCCUCUGGAUCAAUAAUUAAUAUAAAGUACAACAGUCACAUGUCUGAUUAUUUGAACAACAAAAAAUAUAUAUAUUUAAAAGCUUUCUGAAUAUUUUCCUGAUAAUUUAUGGUAGAGUUGAUGUAGCAGAUGCAUUUCACAGUUGUUUAUAAUGUUAUAGGUGACUAUGGUAUCAUCACAUGUAUUAAGACAAAAAAUCCGUACCUUUACGAAUGAACGAGUUAUUUCUUAAAGUAACCGGAAUAGUUUUGGCUAAAAAAGUAAAAAGCAACCCCCUUUUUUGUUAAGAUGCACUCCAGGAUUAUCUAACUUUUUCAGCAUUUGACUGGUUGUCUCUUUAUUCACUGCAUAGUCAGCCUGAAUGUAUGUCAGAUGCAUCCUCUAGAAAGUACCCGUGUUAGCACUACUGACCCUGGAAAAAUUCUGAAACAUCUAUAGAAAGAGCUUGAAGUCUGUCAAGGGAUAUUCUAGCGCAAAAUUAAUAUAGGGUCAAACUCACCGCGGAGAACAUUUUAACAAUUAAUUUUACACCAUAAUAUCCCUUUAAUGUGCCUGCACAAAGUCAAUAAACUGCCAAAACAGGAGUACCUCCCAAUAUGUCAAACCCUAAUCCAAAUAGAACCAGGUUAAACUGAGUCAGGGCAUGUUUGUUUGUUGAGGUGGCUUCAAUGGUAGAGCCUACUGGGAUUUUGAGGUACCAGUCUUUUGUUAAUUCGUAAUGAGUGUAAAUUAUUUCUGUAACUGUAAUACUCCUCCUGAGAUAGAAGAUACUUUACAGUUCUAUAUUUUAAAAAAAAAAAACUACUGGCUAUGAUUGCCAAUUAGGACAAAGACAAAACAAAAUAUGGGCAUUUUUCUUUUUGAGGCCGGCGUGUGAGUCCAAACUGAAUUUAAGAGAACUGUGGUACAUAAAUGAAAAGGCUUUUUGCUAUGAGAGUAUAGAAGAUAAACAGCAUCCCCUGGUGAGAACAGACUAAAUCCUUGCACUGGUGUCAACAAGUUGUUUUCCUACAAGAUAAUCUGAUAAAGUGUUUGCUUGUGGCUGAUCUCUGACCAGUGGAAUGCAGUGGCGCUGUGGGCCUGGGACAUCGUGGUGGAUAACUGUGCUAUCUGCCGGAACCACAUCAUGGAUCUCUGUGAGUUCACCUCCUCAUCAAUCAGAGAUGUUAGAAGUAGUUGGUGAAAAUAAUUGUAAACAUGUUAAUCCCUCUCCAUCAUCAGGUAUAGAGUGUCAGGCCAACCAAGCCUCUGCUACCUCUGAGGAGUGUACUGUAGCCUGGGGUGUCUGCAAUGUGAGUUUUCUUUUCACACUUUACAUACAAACCCAAGUCACCUUUUUGUUGAAAUCUUAAAAAAAGCAUCAGCUUAUAGGCAUUACCAAUACAGCUUACCUGCUGUCAGUAUGGGGCAUCCCACAAUUCCAUUCUGUCAGAGGUUAACAUGGUAAGAGGUUCACUGGUCUGUGAAAGAUGUGGGAAGCAAGUAGAUCAACAGCUCCAGAAUAAUGUACCUCAAUGUAAAGAUAGCAGUCAAUUCAGGGAUUACAUCCUCUGUGGUUUAUAAUGUCAGUAAAAAAUUUGAAGAAUCUGCUGAAAUCUCUAAAAACAAUUCUGGAUGGUUGUGAUUUUCUGGUCUUAAGACAUACUAAAAGGGGUAGGGAUGGGAAUCGAGAACCGGUUCUUGCUGAGAACCGGUUCCAAAUGGUUCAAUUCAUCGACAUUAUAUACAUUUUAUCUCAAUGAUUCCUUUCUUCUGGGUGCCUUGAAAAACGGUCUUGUGAGAGCCAAUCUACGUGAACGAGAACAGAGACUUUGAGGAAAAAAACAUGGCGAAUGGUACGAGAAGUAGGCAGAAACGAUCUAAAGUGUGGCUUCAUUUUACCAAGAAAGGCGACAGCGGGUUGGUAUGGAAGUUUUGAGUUUGUGUACUGUGGACUAACUGAGUAAGUCAGGAGGUUAGCAUACAAAAAUAUAUAUAUAACCCAGCCCAAAAAGCCCUCAAAAUUUUGGCCGCGACUCCGCCCUGCAUAGUAGUGUCCUCUUUUUGGGGAUCCAGAAUAUGGUCGCCCUAAUUUGACUUAAUACUGACCAAAGUAAAUGCUGUUCAAACAGUUUGUCGUUUGAUUAUUUUUAGGCUCUCACUGAAGGUGGCGUACAUUUUUUUUCUGUUAUCAGAGGCUCCAUAAAAUUUUGAGUUAAUGGUGAAAACCUAUAGUCUUUUUUUUUUUUUUUAAAUCAAAGAAAGGCAUUGAUAAGGGAAUUGUUUAAGAAUUGAAUCGAUAAGCAGCAUCGAUAUUGGUAUUGAUAUCAAUUCCCAUCCCUAAAAAGGGGAUAUGACUUUGUAGUGGAACUCACUGCAUGGAUUAGAGUUCAUGAUAUGGUACAAAAACAAGACAAAGGAGCAUCUGAAAUCCCAUCGGAGGCCUUUUAAUCCUACUCUAAAAUACUUUAUCCAUGGACUUAACUUUGUAAACUUGUUAUGCAUCAGGUAAUGACACAGUCAGACACAACAGAGGAGUGCUUAUAGAAAAGACUGUGUAUAAAGUCAGUGGAAGAACAGUGGAGGAACCAACCUGUUUGUGAUCAGCUGCACAUUUAGUGAUGUCUUUUCCUUUUCUGGUUGUUCUUCUCAAUCCCAGCAUGCCUUUCACUUCCACUGUAUCUCUCGCUGGCUGAAAACCCGACAGGUGUGUCCUCUGGACAACAGGGAGUGGGAGUUUCAGAAGUAAGUAACAGCUCUUACAGAUUUUAAAUAUUUCAGUGAAAUCAGACAAAUACUCUCUAAGCUUCUUUGUCUGCUGUAAGUCCGUGAAAAGCUGUGAUUGAUUUAUAAAGAGUGAAUAUCUGUGUUGACAGUCUUUCUCUUUUCUUGUUUUUACAGAUAUGGACACUAGCUCGACUCCUUAGUCUUUCUUGGCUCCUAUAAGAGACACCUUUAUUGUUACCCUGUACCUGCUUGUGACCCCAGUUGUUAUUUUACACCUAUGUCUUUGUUUUGGUUUGUUGUUAGUACAAAAAUAAACAUGAAUAUUGACACAAAACAAUAAAAAAAGUUG